AUGGCUGAGGAGGGAAACUCCUAUGAUUUUCUGGGUUUUGUCGCCCUCUCGACGAGUGUGCAUGCGGACGCCGUUCAGUGUGAGGUGGAUGAUUUACGAAAGGUACUUCACCAGAUGCAUAGCGAAGAGGCACUUUUGAAAGCGUACGAAGCUAAAGUCAGCUCAUUAAGCGAAGAGAGCCAAAAACUCCAUGUGAUGGAUCGCCUAGUUUCCCUGUCUCGUGAGGAACGUCGGAAAGCCAAACCACUGCGAGCUGAGGGGUUGGAACCCCCGUACGGGGGACCGGCCCCCAAGCAGAUCCAGAGCACCAAACAUCCCCAACCAACGCAUUUUUCGGCCUCGCCAGGCGGCCAACCCCCGCGCCGGCCCUACCGAACGGGGAAAGCAACCCCCGGCAAAGCCGAGGGGGAAGUUCUUUCGACCUCGGCCAUUCCUGCCGCGUCCGGUGGGCGGCCCGAGGUGGAGUUGGCGUCGAUUGCGAAUACCACGCUGAGUUUAGACACACAGCUCGCGCAGCUCCAGGGGCGGAUGGAGGAGCUUGACUCGAUGUCCAUUCGCACCAAGUUGACGACCUUAGAAUCCCUUAAACGGCAGGCGAAGGAAGUGGAGGUGGGGGACAUUUUGCACCGCCAGGUCGCCUCCUUUCGCUUUCCAUCCGAGGUAUCGAGUCUGUGGAAGGGGGGCGGGGCCGCUCGAAAGCUUCCACGCCAGCCCGCCUCGCUGGCAAACCCAAACGAGCCGAGGGAUGGCCCUCACGGACCCGUGAUUAACCAGGGAAAUAUUGAAACGUUCUUGGAAAGGGCGGCCUGUCGUUUGAAGGAGCGCUACCAACACCUCCUUCACGUCCUCACGGAGUGUGAAGAAACGACCGAGGACGAUGUGUCGCAGUUGCUGGAGUACUUUUUGUAUGCUCAGAAACUCGAAAGCGCGGAUAACUACGACAUCACCGCCGCGCAAGUUUUGGAAGGACUUCAAAACCACACCCUAGAAGCGCACUACGCCCAAACGCGUUCGCAUUUCACCGCAGACGCAAACCUCUCGAAGCGUUGUCUUGCAAAGCCGCACACGGUGCUCUCAUAUUCAAGCUACUGCGCCCUACCGAUGGUGUGGGAGAUCAUGCAGGAGCUUAAUUCCGUACCGUUGGAAUCCCUCCUCCCCCCCGCACGACAUAUCCUGACGCCUCGCUUUUCAUUUACCAAUCUAUCGGAGCUCAACAAACUUGAUAGGCUUCGAGUGCAGAUUCAACGACUCUUGCUGGCGGGUCUCUUAAGCAACCGACAGCUGGUGGACGAUAUGCUCCGUCUUGAAGGCGAUUCCCAAUCGAUCGAUCUGAAAGAGGAAACUAUUCUCAAGGUGCGCGCGACCAUAGCCGACGUGCUGGCUUCCUGUGAAAAGUCUCCAGCAUGGAUUACUACCGUUUCGAUCGAGAACGAACCGCAUGAGUAA